AUGGAUGAAGAGGGACUUGGAUUCAACAAGGAUAUAGAGAGACUUGGGGGUCAAAGAUCCCCAACCAGCGAGAGGUUAUACUUCAGGAGAAACAUGUCUGGCCUUCCUCUACUGCCUGGCUACAACAUCUCCAGCCCUACGGUGCGUAGUGUACUGUUCUUCUGUUCUUUACAACUUCCCCCAUUAGAAAACCCUCAUGAGAGGCAGCGGCCCAUCCGCCAGAGCCUGGGCUGGAAGAAGGGCGUCCCACUGGUGGCGCCGACACCCGGGUCCCUCUUGUCGGCGGAGGACUCGCAGGAGCUGGCCAGACAGGAGCGACGGCUGCAGUUCGGCGGCCGCCGUCGACCAACGACCCCGCCCAGGUUUUUGCCAGAAUGGGCGCUGUUGGACAAGAAGGUACUGAGGUUCAAAGGUUACUUCAGGGAGCGUGUGGAGGGCGGAGGAGAGGUGUACCGAGUGCGGCCAGUAGUCAUCUCCUACUAUCUGGUUGAUGAUGCUCUCUCUGUCACUGAACCCAGAACACCGAACUCCGGGUUGGACCAGGGACGCCUCCUGAGCCGCCAGCGUGUUCCUUGCCCCGGUGGCGGCUUCUGGCACUGGACGCAUCUCAACCUCAACAUGACUCUCUCCCUCUAUGGCAGACACUUCCUCAUUUGUGACUGCGACCCUUUCACUAAGGAGUACCUGAUGAGUGAGGGGACGGAGCUGAAUAAUCCUCUGCCAAUACCGUCAGACCCCUACACUCUCCUCAGACAGUCCCGGGCAGAGUCCCCCUCCAGAACCUCGGACCUGAGGCCACACUCCGCGCCCCCCGCCCCACCACGCCUCAAAGGACUUGUCCUCAAGUUUGAGGUGAUGGUGGAAGAUGGUGAGGGCGGGCAACCUGGCGCCAGCCCGGCGGUGCUCCUGUACCGGCCGGCAGACCUCAGCGUCGAGCUCCGGCAACCAUCAUAUUUUGACUACACAGAGAUUAAGAAGUUCAGUCCAUUAAUACUUAGGGCUACCAAAGUACCUCGCGGGGAUACCAGGAAAGCUUCGUUUGUUGACAUCGGCGAGGAAGGGGAAGUUGGUGAUUGGCUGACGCCUCGCCACCUGAUCCCACCAACUACUGUGACCAUCUUUGGUAGAAGAGUUAUGGUGACAGGAUGUGACAAUCUAACUCAAAGAUUUCUUUUGGAUAACUAUGGCAUUGAUAAUAUCCCAGCCAUGAAGGUCAUAGAGACUGCUAAGGAAGCUGAAGGCGGCUCCAGCGGCAAGACGCAUUCGGACAUCGUGCCUCGCCCCCGGGCGCGCCCGGGACUCUUGAACUCCCAGGAUGCAACAGUUCUGAGGUUCUCUGCUAAACUAGACUCUCCGCUGGAGACGGAGGCUGACCGCUGCUUUAUCCUGGUCCACCACGUCAUUGACGAUACUCUGGAGUUGACUGAACUAGCUCGGCCAGGUGGACUGGGAGGACGAGUGCUCUCCAGAACCUGUGUUCCAAAACCAAAGGUGAGAGGCGACGAGGUGGGAGCCGGACGCUACUCCAAGCCACACGUCUACACGUUGGAUGACUUUUACAUAGGAGCCACCCUGGAUAUUUGGGGUCGACGUUACACAAUUACAGGAGCAGACGAGUACGUCCUGAACUAUGCUCGUCAACAUGAAGAUAAAGUCUCGCCUCGGCUCCUCUCAUCUUUAAUUAACUUUUUUGCACAAGAUGAAAAAGCCAAAGAGAAACCUGAUAAAAAUACAAAUUAAAACAAUCCGCCUUCAAAUAUUUUGAAAGAAUUUGGACACAAGAUUUGCAGACUCUUAUGUUUAACUGUUCUAAAUUAGAAUACAGUAAUGAUAAAUUGUCAUUGUGGAAUUAGUAAAGGGAAUUGUCCUUUUAAACUUAUGAAUUCUCCAUUGCAGCAAUCACAGACAACUGCAUGUUUAGGUGUAAGUUUUGAAUCAUUACUAAUUGCGUUCAAUUCUAGUAACUUUCCUCACAAUAGACUAAGCUAAUUGGUCACUAACUUAAGCGUUAAAGUUAACUCAAACUUUUCCUUUAAAACUUGCUAUAUUAGGAACU